AUGGACGUAGAAUCCGUUAUUUAUGAGCACAGAGGGUUGAAAAUGGCAGCGAAACGCUAUCGUAGUCGUUCUGCCAGACUCUCUCAGGACGACGGACUGACUCUGUUCUUCGCCCAUGGCAUCGGCCUGAUCAAGGAGCAAUGGGAGCCAACAAUCGAAAACAUCUUCGCAUCGGCUAAUCAACGAUUUAGUAUCCGCGAGGCUUGGGCGCUCGACUGGCAGAAUCAUGGCGAGUCUGCUGUCUGCAACAAGGACGCCCUCGAGAGUCGCUCGACAAGUAUCGAUGUCAGAACAUGGGGCGAAGCUAUAGCCGGAUUCGCGCGCUCCCAAUAUGUAGAAGGUCAUCGAAUAAUCUCUAUCGGGCAUUCUGCCGGCGCAUCUGCCAUGAUGCAUUCGACAUUAGGCAUGACGGACGAAGACUCGAUAAAGUACCACGCAAUGAUCAUGAUCGAACCCCCCAUAAUCGAACCCGAAACCCUCAUAGCAAACGAUGAAGAGCACACUGCUAUCAUUGAGUUCCUCAGUCAAGCGAUCUCUGCUCGUCGAAAUACCUGGCCUUCUCGUCCUGCAGCCCUUGAGUAUUUGCGGAAGCGACUUCCUUGGAGUGUCUGGGAUCUCAGUACUCUGAAUCUUUUCGUGGACUAUGGUCUACAGGAAGCUCUGGACAAAGAGGGAAAAGACUGUGUCACUCUGAAGUGUCCUCGGGAGCAAGAGGCCGCUAUGUACUGGGAGUACCCGGUCAAUUUCGAUGGCAUCAACGUCCUCGAUAGAGUUCUCCAUCUCAUCCGAGUUUACGCUAUUUUCGGCGAAUGGGCACCUCCUUCUCCCGAGUUCGUACACGCUUCUGCGCUCAAGAUGUGCGAGCUGCGAAACAUCCCAGCUACUCAUCUGGCUGGUGUCAAUCAUCUAAUUCCUCAAGAGAAUCCGGUCCUACUUGCUAAUGCACUGGCAGAUAUCC